AUGGCGAAAUAUUAUACUCUGUCUGAUAUCCUUGCAAUUGCAAAGGUUCACCCAUUUUACUCAGACACAAAGUAUCCCCCAACGCGUGAGGACCUUCCUUCUGUUUUGGCAGCCUCCAAGAAUGAUGGAAUUAGCGUGGAUCUGAAAUCCUUUCCUUUAACUAAAAAAAGUACAUUGUAUCAGGAGAUUGCGCGACUCACGGCCGACACAAACCCCCAUAAUGGCUAUCGACAAAAUACGUAUAUCAGUACAACCGGUGGUGGAUCCGGAGGGCCACCAAUGGUCUUUGCAACGGAUUCGGGUGAAAAUCGCCAACAACGCGCUACGAUUGGAGCCCUGAUGCGGGCGUUCCGGGUGAUUGAACCUGGGGACUGGGUGUUGUCUAUGCAUGUUUCAGGCAGUUUUUACAGAGCACUGGACCUAACGACCGAGAUAUGCGAACAUGCUGGGGCUUCGGUGCUUUGUGCUGGUCCGGAAAUGGCGCACCAAGCUAUGAUCGAUGCAAUUGUACAUUAUCGAGUAAAUGUUGUCGCUGGUGAUGCCGGGCAAGUGGUCCAGCUUGCAAAGUACGUCGCCGCACUAGAUACAAGUCAGAAGGGCUCCAUACGCCUGACCAAAUUCCUUUACACAUCCGAACCAAUGACAUUGGCACAACAAAGAUUCAUUAACUCUGUCUUUGGGGAUGUCCUUAUCUAUUCCGUUAUUGGUAGUGCCGAGGCUGGGCCGUGGGCCGUUUCCAUCCCAUCACUAACCGGACACACUGCCGAAAACUACGCAGAUUUUAUUUUCGACACUCGGACAAUGUUGCUAGAAGUCUUUCCGUUGUAUAUCGAAGAUGAAGAUGCAGAUGCUAACCACGUAGAGUCCGCCCCUUGCGUCCCCGACGGCGAGAAAGGGAUCCUCGUACAAACAUCAUUACAGAGACUGCGCAAUCCGCUCGUCCGCUAUGUGUGCGGUGACUUGGCUUCCGUUCAUCCAUUACCACAAAAGGUCCACGGAGAUUUGCUAGAAGAAGAAGCUCAGUAUUACAAAGUAGUCCGCAUUUAUGGACGUGAUAGGCGAAUUAGCUUUGAUUGGUACGGUGAAUACUUCGAGUUCCAGGGCAUUCAGGCUCUCAUGCGAACGGAAGCAUGGGGUAUCCUACAGUGGCAGGUUAUACUUCGCCAUAAAGAGGAUAAUGAUAUGGACGUAUUGUUGGAGGUUCGGAUUCUGCGAGCACCGCACCGUGACGGGGAUUUCAUUAACGAGCAAGAGCUCACCAGGAAGAUCAAACAUUUCUUUAUGGUGUUUGACUUUAAUGAAGAUCUGUUUGAGUUAAUAUACCUGUCCGACUUUGAUGGAUUCGUGCGGAGUACGACCGGCAGAAAAGUCUUAAAUUUUGUGGACUGGACUCAUUGCAUUAACUAA